CCUUUCUCCCUAAGUGAAACUAGCUAACCACUCUCUUCUCCUGGUUUCGGGUGAGGAGUCUGAAUUGUGGGUGUUGUAGUUCUCUUGCCUCCCAGAGGUUCUGGUUAGGCAGCAUUGGAGUCAGACUGGUAGGACUUCGAGUCCCAGGUGACUCAGUAAAGAGGAGGGCAGCUGCCCGCCUGCACAGAGAACAAGGCAUGUAUGAAGAGCUACCUGAUAUUGGUAGAGUGACUCCCAUUUAUUAAAACAAUGUGCCUGGACUGAAGAAGCUGGGACUUACUUCUACAAAUGUGGAAAAAUGUUAAUCAAUGAAAAGACCCAUUUUUGGACAAGAGGAAGUGCACAAAGUAGGUCUGCAGGAAAUUUGAUUGACAUGGAAGCCCAAACACUCUCCAAAAACUGCAAUAUUACAGAAUGUCAAAAUCCAGACUUGCUUCACCAUUGGCCAGAUACUUUCACUCUUCCUGGCAAUAAUGCUUCCAAAAGGACAAAUCCAUUCUGGAGUGAACUGUCUGCUUCUAACCCAUUUUUGGAUGACAUAACUCAGCUAAGAAAUAACAAGAAGAAAAAUCAUAUUUCCAUCUUGAAAGAAGAUCCUUUUCUUUUUUCUAGAGAAAUAGAAUGUGGAAAUUCUUUUGAUUCCUCUGGUGAUGAACUUGAUGUACAACAAUUGCUUAGGCAGUCUUCCUCCAGGAAAUCUGGAAGAUCUAAAAGUGUUUCAGAACUUCUGGACAUUUUAGAUGACACAGCACGUGUUCAUCCGAGUACACGUAACUCUGACCAGAUCCUACUACAAGACUUGGAAUGGCUACAAAAUGAUCGAGAAGCUUAUAAAAUGGCUUGGUUAAGUCAACGCCAGCUUGCCCGCUCUUGCCUGGAUUUGAAUACUAUUACUCAGACUCCAGGGUGGUCCCAAACACAAAUCGCAGAGGUCAUCGUAGUUUGUAAAUUAAACCACGAAGGAGGGUCUGUACAAUUACCUGAAUCAGAUAUCACUGUUCACGUACCCCAAGGUCACGUAGCUGUGGGAGAAUUCCAAGAGAUAUCUCUAAGGACUUUUCUCAAUCCUCCACAAAUGCUUAACCAUGACCUUUCAUGUACAGUAAGCCCACUAUUGGAAAUCACGUUAAGGAACCUUAGUACAAUGGAAGCCAUUUUACUAGAGAUGAAAAUUGGAGCCGAAGUGAAAAAGGAUCCUUUCAGCCAAGUCAUGACAGAAAUGGUGUGUUUACACAGCCUGGAUAAAGAAGGCCCUUUCAAAGUGUUAAACAACUGCUACAUUUAUAAAGACACCAUCCAAGUUAAACUGGUUGACUUGAGUCAGGUGAUGUAUCUAGUGGUUGUUGCACAAGCUAAAGCUGUUCAGUCACCAGCUGCCACCAUUUGGGAUUAUAUCCACAAAACCACCUCAAUUGGAAUUUAUGGACCUAAAUAUAUCCAUCCCAAUUUUACUGCUAUUUUCACAGUUUGUGGACAUAGUUACAUGCCAGAAAAGCUGACAAUCUCUGAUAUUAAGAAGGGUGGAAAAAACACCUCUCCAGUUGUAUUUCAGCUCUGGGGGAAGCAUUCAUUUUUACUUGACAAGCCGCAAGAUUUAAAUAUUUCUGUAGUUUCAUGUGAUCCUGACUUUGAAGUAAAGGCAGAAGGAGAAAGGAAAGAAAUUAAACAAAAACAGUUGGAAACAGGUGAAGUAAUUCAUCAACAAUUUCUAUUUUCUUUAGUUGACCACAGAGAGAUGCACUUGUUUAUUUUCCGUGUUCAGGUGGAGCCUCCCAAUGGGAGCCCUGUUGCACAGUUCUCUAUCACUACACCUGAUCCAGCCCCAAACUUAAAAAGACUUUCAAAGCUGCCUGUUACUUUGCAGAAGGAAAAGGAAAUCAAGUCUACGCCCUUAUUACCAGCAAUUCAUAUCAAAUAUCCCACAUUUCAAGAUAGAAAAUUAAACUUUACCAACUAUGGGGUAACUCUGAAGACUGUGCUAAGACAAAACAAGAUUGACUACUUACUUGAAUAUUUCAAGGGGGACACAAUAGCUCUUUUUGGAGAGGGUAAGAUAAAAGCCAUUGGACAGUCCAAAGUGAAAGAAUGGUAUGUGGGUGUCCUCAGAGGUAAGAUUGGACUUGUGCACUGCAAAAAUGUCAAGGUGAUUUCAAAGGAACAAGUAAUGUCUAUGUCCAACGGUAUCUUCACAACCAGGAAUCUUCUAGAACAAAUUGCCCUCCCCUUUAAAAAACUGACUUAUAUCUAUUCCGUUGUGUUGACCUUGGUGUCAGAAAAUGUGUAUGACUGGAAAGUUUUAGCUGAAGUCCUUGGUUACUCACAUCUGGCACUGGAAGAUUUUGAUCAAAUACAAGCCGACAAAGUAUCAGAAAAAGUUUCUUAUGUUGUAAAGAAGUUAAAAGAAGAUUGCCAUGCAGAUAGAAAUACAAGGAAAUUUCUUUAUGAACUUAUUGUGGCUCUGUUGAAGAUAGAUUGCCAAGGCUUAGUAGCACAUCUCAUUCAAGAGGCUGCAAUUCUGACUUCAGCUGUCAAGCUUGGAAAAGGCUGGAGGGAACUAGCUGAGAAGUUAGUUCAACUCACAAAGCAACAAAUGGAAGCAUAUGAAAUUCCUCACCGAGGAAAAGCUGGAGAUAUUGCUGUUGAGAUGAUGUGGAAACCUGCCUAUGAUUUUCUCUAUACUUGGAGUGCUCACUAUGGAAAUAGCUACAGAGACGUCUUACAAGACCUUCAAUCAGCUUUGGACAGAAUGAAAAACCCGGUGACCAAGCAGUGGAGAGACUUAACUGGAACUUUAGUACUAGUAAAUUCUUUAGAGGUUUUGAGAGUAACUGCAUUCUCCAGUUCUGAGGAAGUAUAGCAAUGAAGGUUGUGGUUUUUGGGGGAGAAGAGAAUAUAGGGAGAGAAUAGGGUUUAUGUGUGUAUAUGUGUAAGAAAGAAGGAAUCUCAGAAAAGUAUUAUAAUUAUUUUUUUCUCUGAAACAGGAUUGGUUUUAUAAUCAAACAUGUAUUUUUGUGUAUGUUUCAAAUGCAGACGAGGCUGCUCUGUUACUGGGAAUGGAAAGAAAAGCCUCGUCUCUCGUUCAAAGUUACUUUUAAUUUUCUUACCUUAAAUCAAAGGUAGAGUUGAAUAAUUACAUCAUACAGAUAUCUGGAGAAACUAGAAACUCUCAUUGAGAGCAACUGGAGUUUUAGCAGGAGGCAGAGGGAGAAGGGAGAAGCCAAUAGGCUUCGUGGUCAGUCACGGGGCUACAUGCUUUCUACACCUGCUCCUUCUCAGUCUUUUUUAAAGUUUGCUUUAUUCAUAAGGAGCAAGUUUGUACAUACAUGCAUACAACUGAGAAAGAG